CAGCACCCACUACACACUUUAAAUCAUCUCAACACUGGGGAUUUCAGAUUUCCAUGUCUUGUCAUGUCGCUUUGCGUUAUUUCCCCGAGGUUUCAUCUGAUGUUAUGCACGAGUUGACGGGAUUUCUGUCAUUCUACACAGCUUGAAGACCCCCGUCAGACACUGUGAAGCCACGGGCUGUCGUGAUGUCGGAGCCCAAAGCGCCCACCCCGGCCCCUGGGGACACCUAUAAAGGCUGGCUCUUCAAAUGGACUAAUUACAUCAAGGGAUACCAAAGGCGAUGGUUCGUCCUGAGCAAUGGCUUGCUGUCUUACUACAGGACCCAGGCAGAGAUGGGUCACACAUGUCGGGGCACCAUAAACCUGGCCACAGCCAAUAUCGCGGUGGAGGACUCGUGCAAUUUCGUCAUCUCUAAUGGCGGCACGCAGACGUAUCACCUGAAGGCCAGCUCAGAGGUGGAGCGGCAGCGGUGGAUCACAGCACUGGAGCUGGCCAAAGCCAAAGCUUUCCGCAUGCAGGCUGAGUCGGAUGAUUCCGGGGACGACUCCACUUCUCCUGGGGCAGGUCAGGGCGCAGGCUCACGCAACUCAGAGGUGCAGUCCACCCUCCGGACUCUGGGCAGCAAGGUGGAGGAUCUCAGCACCUGCAACGAUCUCAUCGCCAAACACGGCUCUGCUCUUCAGCGGUCCUUGUCUGAGCUGGAGGGAGUUCGGCUGGGAGGAGAGACGAGUGAAAAGAUUCGGCAGGUGACGGAGCGAGCCACCCUCUUCCGCAUCACCUCCAACGCCAUGAUCAAUGCCUGCCGGGACUUCCUGGCAUUGGCUCAGGCUCACAGUAAGCGCUGGCAGAAAGCCCUGCAGGCCGAGAGAGAGCAGAGAGUGCGACUGGAGGAGACACUGGAGCAGCUCGCCAAACAACACAACCAUCUGGAGAGAGCCUUCAGAGGAGCGACCGUACUGCCUCCAUCCCAGAGCAACCCUGCCAUAGACAGCAAAGGCCCAGUUCCAGGAAAGGGCGACGUCAGUGACGAGGACGAGGAGAAUGAAUUCUUUGACGCAUGCGAGGACGUUCAAGAGUUUAUCACUGUACCAGCAGACCCCAAAUAUCACAGGAGAUCCGGCAGCAAUGUCAGCGGAAUCAGUAGCGAGCUGGGAAUGGAUGACGGGACGACGUCGCUAGACGAGCAGUCUCUGGCGUCCAGUCCCGAAUCUCCACAGUCCCAGGAAGUAGUGCCUGUGAGAAAGAGGCGGAGCCGAAUCCCAGAUAAACCAAAUUACUCUCUCAAUCUAUGGAGCAUCAUGAAGAACUGUAUCGGAAAAGAGCUCUCCAAAAUCCCUAUGCCUGUGAACUUCAACGAGCCCCUGUCUAUGCUGCAGCGUCUCUCCGAGGAUCUGGAGUACUACGAGCUGCUGGACCGGGGUGCCAAGUGCCAGAGCUCUCUGGAGCAGAUGUGCUACGUGGCAGCUUUCACCGUGUCCUCUUACUCCACUACAGUUCACCGCACGGGCAAACCCUUCAACCCUCUGCUGGGAGAGACAUUUGAGCUGGACCGCAUGCAGGAGAGCGGCUACAGGUCCCUCUGUGAGCAGGUAAGCCAUCACCCUCCGGCUGCGGCCCAUCAUGCGAUCUCUGAGCGAGGCUGGACCCUGAGACAGGAGAUCGCCCUGGCCAGCAAGUUCAGGGGAAAAUAUCUCUCCAUCAUGCCCCUGGGUUCUAUUCAUUGUAUCUUUGAGAAGAGUAACAAUCACUACACCUGGAAGAAAGUCACAACCACAGUGCACAAUAUUAUUGUCGGGAAACUCUGGAUAGAUCAGUCAGGAGAAAUAGAUGUUGUGAACCACAGAACAGGCGACCGCUGUCAUCUCAAAUUCGCCCCGUACAGCUACUUCUCCCGAGACGUGGCCAGAAAGGUCACCGGGGUGGUGACGGAUAAAAACGGGAAAGCGCACUAUGUUCUGUCUGGGACGUGGGACGAAAAGAUGGAGUGCUCUCGUGUGAUGCAGAGCAGCAGAGGGGGAGAGAACGGUGCCGACGGGCGACAGAAAACCGUCUAUCAGACGCUCAAAGCCAAAGAGCUGUGGAGGAAGACUCCGCUGCCGGAAGGCGCUGAAAACAUGUACUACUUCUCGACCCUGGCGUUGACGUUGAACGAGCCGGAGGAGGGUAUUGCUCCCACGGAUAGCAGGAGGCGGCCGGAUCAGCGUCUGAUGGAGCAGGGCCGCUGGGAGGAGGCCAACGCUGAGAAACAAAGACUAGAGGAGAAGCAGCGCACCACCCGCCGAGAGAGGGAGCGAGAGGCCAACCGCACCGCCAACCCUGCAGAAGAGGGUAAGGAGCCAGCGGACGGGGCUCUCAUUGAGGACUCCAUAUCUGACUCGCCUCUAAAAACUGAAGAAGUCGAGAUUGCCAGUGAGCCCUCUGAGACCACUUACAAAACUGACACAGAUGAAACUUCCUCCGAUCUUUCACUAUCAACUGAAACACUGCAUGGCUCAUACCCACCGGCAUACUCAAUGGAGGGUCCUUAUGGAGCUCCGGUCAAAAGUGGUCACCAUGACAACUACAAGUCCAUGUGGUUCGAGCAGCAGGUCGACCCGAUGACAGGAGAGCCCACGCACAUCUACAGAGGAGGAUACUGGGAGGCUAAGGAGCAGGGAGACUGGGACUCCUGCCCGAAUAUCUUCUGAUCCCAAUCACACACAUGCCCCACGAUGCCCUCACUGUCCCGUUUCCCGGAAGAUAACAAACAAACGAAAGCUCAGUCAGCUGCCCCUUCUCUUUUCCCGUAUCGUAGUAUAUCGAGAUGCGCGUUCUCUCUUUCGCCAGCCGUGCUCUACUCAGUGGACAGUAAGGGACACCGAAAUGGUCCGGGAGCGCUCUCCCACCACCAUCCACUGUGUGUCUCUCUGUUCUCCUCAUGGGAUUAUUAAAACAUAGGGUUCACGAUUCAGUAAACGCUAGCGUUAGGAAAACAUAUUCAACACGCUCCACAUGUCUUCCUCAAGCUGUGGAUGUCACAUCCUUAAACAUCCGGGGGACAUGAAGGCCUGUUUGCUCAUGCAAGCGUGUGUGUGAGAAUUAGCACAGGUGUGAAUGAGUUCAGAGAAGCGCUGUAGUGCUCUUUCUUUUCAUUGAGCAUGUUUGUGUGAGAGAUGAAGUUUAAGAGCUCGCCUUGGUUUGUGGAUUUUAAAGGAAUGGUGUGCACAAAUAUGAAAGAUCUGUCAUUACUUACUCGCCACCUUAUUUCUUUUGCAAAACAAGCUUUUUUCCAUUAAUGUUAGUGCACAACAUGUCAAGCGCUAAAAAGCAUGAUAAAAGUACCAUUAAAGUACUCUAUGCGAUUUGAGGAGCUAUGUUCCUUCUGAAUUUAUACAAUAGUUUUCUGUGAGGAGUUCUCCAAUUGUUUGAAUGCCAAUUACGACAUUAUUUUUUUUUUUGAGACAAAACCGUCAAACUGCACCAUUUUUUUUUUAAACUCUAAUCAAAUUAAAUGUCAGAGGUUUGGCAGAUUGGAAGAUUAUCAGUAAAUUUCGAUCUUUUCAUUCACACUAAGCCAAUGUAUUACUUGAGAUAUAACAAAUAAGUCAUGCAUCACUUUUAUGGUGGUUUUAAGUCAUUAUGUUGGUCCUUUUUGGAGCUCGACAGCCUAUAAACUUCUACAGAAGAAAAAAAACACCAUAAAAAGUAUAAUGAAAGUAGUCAAUGCGAUUUGAGGUGUUAUAUUCUUUCUGAAUCUAUACAGUAGUUUUGUGCAUAAAAUUGUCACUUGUUCGAACUGGUACAGCAAUUACGACACACAAGAACCAUUGGCAUUUUUGAGUCGAUGAUUAUCAAACUGCAUUUUUUUUUUUUCAACCGUUCGCAAAUACAUUUUCAGAGCUUUGGAAGAUUGUCAGUGAAUAAUGUAAAAUUCAAGCAAUCAUAUUACUUGAAAUGUAACUCACAAGUCACAUGCAUCACUUUCAUUGUGCUUUUCCGUCAUUAUUUUGGUCCUUUUGGACCUGGACAGCCAAAACAUUAAAGUAUCAUGAAAGUAGUGCGAUUUGUGAUGCUAUAUUACAAGUCUCCUAGUUUUAUGCAAGGUUUUCUUUAUUUGUUCAAACUGGCAUGACAAUUAUAAAAUGCAAGAAUCAAUAGCAUUUUGGAGUCAAUGACCAUCAAACCACACAAUUUCUUCCCAAAUCAAUGUCAAGAGCUUUUAAAGAAGAAAAGAUUUUCAGUGAAUAACAAUGUAAAUUUCAGUCUUUUCAUAUUACUUGAAAUACAACACACAAUUUGUGUGCAUUACUUUUAUGGUGCCUUCAAGUCAUUGUUUUGUUUCUUUUUUCAGCCUAUAAAUAAAAAAUAAAAAAUCAACAACAUGUGGGUUUGAAUGACCCGAGGGCAAGUAAACAAUGGCAUCAUUUUCAUUUUUGCAUGAACUGUUCCUUUAAAUCCCAUCACAACUGUACAGUCCUCUCAAUCCAUUCUGCUUGGAAUGAGGAGGACUAACACCCACUAAAAUCACUUAAAAUGACUAACCAGUUGUCCAGAGCGUGUUUGUUUAUAGCCUCCAGAACAGCAUUUCUGUCGAUGCUCUGAAGGGAUUGUGCUGCUCUAAGCAGGAGAGCAACGUAAAAGCGUCAGUGUAGCUGCACUGCUGGAGUUUAGCUUCAGCGUUUCAAACUGACAAGUCGCUGUGAUGUGACGCCAAAGGAAAUACCCAUUUGCUGAGGUUUCCCCUUCAGCCUGGGCACAGAUGCAUUAUGGUCUGCUCCUGCUCGUGUGGAAAGGGGUGAAAAGAAGGACGGUUUCCACAAACUGAGGCGCUCGUGUGUGUUCAAAUGGGCACGCGAGGUCAAGGGAGUCUCAAACCAGUAUGUGUAUGUGUGUGAUCAUGAGUGUCGUGUUUGGGGUUUGUUGUAUGUUCCAGUGAAACAGAAAAGAGAAAUCGCAUUUUAUUUUCAAGUGUACUUAAACACAUGCGUGGGAAAAUAAAGCAAGAAUACAGCAAUGCAAAAACAUUGCGGAUAUUUGUGUAUAUAUAUCAAAUAAUGAAGUAAAAUAUUCAUACUAUUAAUACCAAUUCUUCUUAUGCUGACACUGACAGCUAGAGUUAUAAUUAUGAUGGUAAUUUUGAUGUAGUGUGAGGGUUCAGCACAAUUAUUUUGAUUUUUAUCUUCUUUUUUUUUUGUCUUUUUGAUAUGGGAAGCGACGACGCAUUCGUGUUUUCUUCAUGUCAAAGACAAAACGUUUGCUCAUUGUCCUUGAAUGGAUUCAGACUAAUGGAAAUUUUAUAUAUGUGUAUAUCUAUCCCAUCAUCCUCCUGUUCCGUUAAAACAGCAGUUUCAAUGUGAAUUCACAGUUUUACUGCUGUUUGUAAUAAUUGCAGAUUCUAUUUUCUUUGUUUGUAGUCUUUGUACAACUGUAAAACGUCUUUCUUCAUUGAUUUCUUUCCUUUGACUGUCAUUCCUCAAGUUUUCCUCACUACCGCUGGUUGUCAUUCUUCUUUUCGUUUGUCCUGUUGGUGUUGUCCCUCUCUUGGCCUCUGAUCAUUGUGUUACAGAGUCAUGGUGCAGAUGAUGGUUUAAUAAAAGCUGGUUUGAAAAGGAAAUGAUCAAACAAACAACAGUC